AUGUUUACACUGGAUCGAAAGCGACUCUUGAACCGUCGUAAUGGCCGUAAGGUAAAAGAACCAACAAAUAAAGCGAUUGGCAUGGCUCUGUUUCGUUUUUCGUUAUCAUUUUUUCGACAUGCGUUAAAUUUGCAAGUUUUUGGAGCACAGCAGCGAAUUAGAUUAGCAAAUGUAGUGAAGAAACGUUUUUUCUCAGCUGAACCGGCUUCUAACUCUAGUGCAUGUCGCUUGGAUUUGCUGAUCACAAAUCUCACUCAGGAAAGCAACCUCGAAGGGGCUGAAAUCAGUACAGUUACGAGUGUUGAAGGCCUAAGAAAGAUUUGCUCAAAACUGGAAGGUCCAAUCAGUGGUGAAAUUUCAGUAAGAGUUUUAGCACGUUUUGCAGAACUUGCUAAUGAAAGUGUCGGUAUUCAAAAAGCAGCUGUUUAUUUGAAAAAAGGAUUGUUGGCCGAAAUAGAAAAAACACUGAAAAGUGAAAACCUGAAUAUGAACUCGACGCUUGAAACUAUGUGUGCAUUAGUUAUUCUCGAACUUACCCAAGAACCCAUCUUUGAAACAUUGACUGAUGUAUUAAGACAACAGUUUUCCACUGAUGUGUUCUCUGUUCCGGUCUCACCAUUGGUCCGUUUAGCUGCUUUGGUAAGCAGUAAAAAGAUCCGCCUACCCGACGAUUUAUUUCGUCAAUUGAGGGAAUGGUUGCAGUUGAAGGCAAGUGAAAUAACAGAGCCAAAAGAUAUCGUUUCUAUGAUUGUAUGUUGGAAUAAAAGCGACAAUUGGUUCAACAUAUUUGUUGAAAAAGCAAAAAGCUGUAUAUCUUUUAUGUCUUCCAAUGAACUGAUUGGGAUGAUGUCAAGUUUGGCAAACAGUUCGAGUCGACCGCCCCAUGUUUUGCGUCUCAUUUGCAGUGCUUUCGAACAGAAUAAGAAGGGCUUGACGGUGGACCAGCUCGUUUUAUUAGCACAAUCAGCUGCAAAAUUACGAUUCAUGGAUAAUAGACUUCGACGAAUUAUAGCUGAAGAAACUUUUACUAAUAUCAGUCGUUUUACUAAUUGGUCACAAAUUAAUGCGGUCGUUCAUUCGAUGACGAAAUUACAUAUUGGCAAUCUCAAAACGUGGAAUGCUAUUGCUGCAUGGAUCAAUAACAAUCAAAUGAAUGCUGCUCCUGCCGAAUUAUCAUAUGCUGUGCAUUGGUGUGCAAUUGGUGGCAAAGGUGAUUUAAUUCAAGAAGCCAGUGGAUAUUUAUGCGAAAAACUGGCUUGCUCAAGUAUUGAUUCACCCAAGACGUGGCUUAGCACAGUCUAUGCUUUAGCAGCAUGCGAUAGGUUGAAUGGUUUUCGAAAACUAAUGGCUGUAACAACUAUUGCUCAAGUACAGUAUUUUUUAAAACUGAUAUUAAAUAAAGCAUAUCAAGGACCUUCAGUAGAUAUUUUGGAUCUAAUGCAGUUCUCGUCAACAACUUUGAAUGAUAUGGCUUUGAAACUGCGUUACGGGAAGGGUGAGGAAGGUAAUGUUCGAUAUUUUCAUUCAUUGUUGCAUAAACUGGUUGCCGUGAAUUCACAUGCAUUUCCUCCAACUCUUACUGAGGAUGGAAUUUUUGUUAAUGCAGUUAUCAAGCUUGAUGUUAAAGCGAAUGGUUUUGUUCCACUGAGUCAUUUUGAGGAAACGAAGGUACCUCGUUUGGCUGUGAUUUAUCUCUCCUGGAAAGAUCGCACCUUACCAUAUGAUGAUAACGAUAAGAGCACUCUGAUGGGACCACCAUUGCUAAAUCUCCGCUUGCUGAAAGCCAGAGGGUUUAUUCCUGUGUUAUUUUCACAGGAUGACUUCGAUUCUAACACAUCGUUAAAGCAACAAUUCACUCGUAUUAAAACAAAACUUGAAGAGGCCUCAGAUGAUAAUGGAAGUAGAUAG